CACGCAUAACCCCCCGCGAUAAGAGAGGCGGCGAGUCGGUCUGCGCGCACACUUAGCCCGACCGCGGCCCCGGUUUAAAGCGACUCCCGGCUCCACUCCUUUAACCUCUCUUGCCUCUCAUCCACCUCUUCCCUGCCCCCCCCCCUCUCCCGUGCGGGAGGGAAGAACCUCGUGAGGACGAGAAGUGGUCAGAGUGGAGAGUUGAAGCGGGCUCGUGGUGGUUGCUGUCAUUGCUGCUGCUGCUGUUGUUGUUCUCGGUGGUGGCAGCGGUACAAGCCUCAUCGUUAUUCGUCGUCGUCCUCGCUAUUAUUUAGUUUCCUCCUCCCGUGUUUUUGUUGUUGUUUUCUUUUGCUUAUUCCAUCAUCGCGUUGAAUCUACGCCACCCGCUUCCACGCCAUGUCCAUGAGCCCCAAACACACGACCCCCUUCUCGGUCACCGAUAUCCUGAGCCCCAUCGAGGAGAGCUUCAAGAAAGUGGACAUGGACAUUGCGGCCGCGAUGGGCUCCACCAUGUGUUCGGCUUACCGCUCCGCUGUGCAGGUCAGCCAGCACCACCACCCUCACCACCACCACCAGCACCACCACCAGCAGCAGCAACAGCAGCAUCAGCAACAACAACAACAGCAGCACACGCAGCAGCAGCAACAACAACAGCAGCAGCAGCAGCAUCAGCCCAGCGCCCAGCAGCACAUGGUCGGUCACGGUGUGUCGGCGGUCACGACGCCCUACGCGAGCAUGUCGCAUGGGGUUCCGCAGCUGUCGCACGCGGCCGCCGCCGCAGCUGCCGCGGCAGUCGGCGGCUACUGCAACGGGAGCCUCGGGGGCCUGGGGGCAUUGGCGACGGAUCUGCCCUCGUACCAGGACGGAGUCCAUCGCUCGUCCGCCACGGCCGCCGGCUGGUACGGAGCGAGUCAAGACCCGAGGUUUUCUACAAUCACCCGCUUCAUGCACGGCUCCUCUUCGGGCAUGAACAUGGCUGGGAUGAGCACCCUGGGAGGACUCACGGACGCGACCAAGCCCAGCCUGGGCGCCCUGCACUCGGCCCCUCGUCGCAAGCGUCGGGUGCUCUUCUCGCAGGCGCAGGUCUACGAGCUGGAGCGCCGCUUCAAGCAGCAGAAGUACCUCUCGGCGCCCGAGCGAGAGCACCUGGCCAGCAUGAUCCACCUCACCCCGACGCAGGUCAAGAUCUGGUUCCAGAACCACCGCUACAAGAUGAAGCGGCAGGCCAAGGACAAAGCCGCGCAGCAGCUGCAGCAGGACGCCAGCGGAGUGUCGCAGCAGCAGCAGCAGCAGUCGCCACGGCGAGUUGCGGUGCCGGUGUUGGUGAAGGACGGGAAGCCGUGCCCCGUGAACAGCGGUGGCGGCGGCGGCGGUGGGCACCACCACCAUCACCACCAUCACCCCGUCGGAUGCGCGUCGUCUUCAUCGUCCACGGUUAGCACCUCUUCAUCAUCCUCAUCCUCUUCGUCGUCGUUGUCAUCAUCAACAGCGGCGGCGGCGGCGGCGGCAGCGGCGUUGGCAGCAGCGGUAACGUCAUCCGCGGCCUCAUCCGCUGUGUCGUCAUCCUCCCACCACAUCAUCUCCACCACCUCCUCCUCCUCUUCGGGCGGGGGGAGCCUUUUGGGCGGCGGCUCGCUACAGAUCCACCAAGCGGCUCUGCACCAUCAGCAUCAUCAUCAGCAGCAGCAUCAUCAGCAGCAGCAGCACCACCAUCAGCAGCAGCAGCAGCAUCACCAUCAGUCGCUGCAGGCGAGCCCAGCGGAUGCGUCGGAGCUAUCGCCGAGCCCCCCGUCCCUGGCGCACACUCCCGUGGGGGUCAUGGCGCACAUCGUGGGGCAAACGCCAGAUUUCAGCGUUGCAAUGGCCAGUCCCAACCUCCUCUUUGGUAGCGCGUGGUGACUUCUGUCCGCUUGACGUUCAAGCGCCAUCCUCUCGGUGUUUUUGUUGUUGUUGUGUUGCUGCUGCUGUUGUUUGUUUGUUUGUUUCCGGCGAGAUGCAAACCGUUCAAACUCUCUCCUCUACCGACUGCUCCUCCUCACCAACACUCACCCACCGCCCGGCUAUGUGCUCGUUACAACAAUGCUGCUGCUGCUGUCUGAUUGCUGUUGUGCACAUGCAAGCUCUCACAUUUUGGACAAUAAACUGGUGGAUCAAGACCACCCCCACCACGUGGGGGAUAUUUAACCAUACUUCACCACGCCGGUCAGCGCGGAUUGUCGAAAGGCGUUGGAGCAUUAACAAUGUUGAGAGUUAUUUGACCAUACUUCACCACGCUGGUGAAGGUUGUUUUUUUUAUGGAGCGCGCACACGUCGGAACCAUAGAUGUGCAGUGCAACAAUGGAUGUGCUCUGCACUGACCUCGGUUGACUCGGUAGGUGCCCGUCGCAAGCAGUGGCCAGGCUCAAACCUGCUUAGAUUGCAAGCUCUGAAGAUAUCCGGAAUAUUCCGGUGGGAUUUGUCCAUUGGCAUCAUGAUGAUGGUGGUGGUGGUGGUUGGUGGUGAUGAUGAUGAUGAUCAUAAUAAUUAUUAUUGUGACAAAUGUUUGUUCUGCUUGUCCACCCGAGCUCUUGUUCUCCCCCGGCAUUCAAAUGUGUGUUCAUGUAAUAAUAAUAAUAAUAGUGUUUGUUAAGCGGUGACAGAUGCAUCGUCAUCGGUGCCAUGAUAUGCAUGUUAAGUCAUAGGCCUAAAACCGGAAAGUGGAUCACUCGUGCUGCUGAACCUCCGUCAGGCGACGCGGGCGCAUUGUCUCGAUGCCCCCCGUGCUCAAUUUGCUCGGAGCGGUUCUCUCAGCCUGGGGGUGCGCGCACCCCCUGGGGAUGCGGGAUGACCUUUCUGGGGGUGCGAGACGUGGCCAGAUUUUAUUUUUUUAUUUUUAUUUUUAGAAGGUAAACAAUCGAAAAGACGAAUUAAGCACGGGGCACGUAUGUACACCUUACUUUGUUUCAUCAAACCCAAUGUAUUAACAUUAGUACUUUUUAUUUUAAUUUUUUUUCGAUUGAGAACCAAAGCGGGGUGGGGGGGGAGGUGUCAGGGCUGCAGUGAAGGUGAAGAACCACCGAGUGUGGAGGAACGCUCGCGCCUAACCAAUUUGGCCGUUCGGUAGUCGGCCGCGUGCUCGAUUGAGAAGUUAACGCGACCCCGCGUACUCGCGAUUACAAAACGCGCGUCCUGCAGUCGGGCAUUUUGCAACGUUCACCGCAUUCAUGGCUUGUUUUAUUGUUAUUAUGAUUGUUGUUGUUGUUGUUGGUUGUGUUUAUUUAUUAUGUGUGUGUGCGUCACCGGUGUGGGCUGCGAGAACAGAACGCUAUGCGACAGCUGUGACAUGCCGACGCUCUGUAUGUGUGUGUGUGUAUAUAUAUUAACACUAUUUAAUUGUGCCGUGGUAAAAGUGCAAAUUGGCCUAAUUCAUUUCCCACAAUAGACUUGUGAAAUAUGAUCAAUUACAUACAUUUGGGUGAGUCGGCUAGUGUACUACUUACUACUCGACGUCCUGUAGCACGCUUUCAAACAAAUGUAUCGAUAUAAAUACACAUUACUUGUGCAUGUGUGCGCGUGUGUGUACAUAGCGCUUGAACACACGUGUCCAAUUAUGAGAAUUCAACUGAGACCCGCGCGAUAAAAUUGGACGGUGGCGUGCCACGUGGAUGGGAUUGACACAGACGAAGCUUUAAUCGGCACGUGAGCGAUACGCGAGCGAUACGCGUAGUCGCGCGCGCAAUCGAGUUUCGGUGGAGCGGUGGCGCAGUGGUCAGCGCGCUGCGCUACGACCCCGGCCACUGAAAUUCGAUACCCGCCCGCGGCCGCCAACAUCGGUGACGAUGAUCGUGGGCCUCCCGCAGAGGUCGACUCGGCCUCAAAUGUGGUACCUGGUGCGGUGUGUAAACAUCGUCGCCACUGCGGAGACGAAGGCGGGCGGGCGUGCCGUGGUUUUGGUCUCACCCACGCAUUCGCGUGCGCCGCGCCGCCCUUCAUUAGGGCGCUACUCGCAAACGGCACUUGCCAUGGACAGGGGGCAUCUUUUGCUUUCUACAGUUUCGAAGUGAGGCUAAUGGUGGGUCCAAGUGGUCUCCCCGCAUGUACGUGUGUGUGUGUGUGCAUGCUCGCGUGGUCUACGAGAUGACCGGUCGACCCGAUGAGACGAUAAAACAAUGACCCGCCUGCGAUAUAAUGAAUAGGGGUGGACCACACUGUGACCCCCCCCCUCCCCUAGUGAGGUGUCACGGGCCGUGUUAAUUCAUCGUUCUUCGUGGGGGGGCGGGAGGGCAUGUGGUAUGUUGUGCCUCGUCGGCUUGCGUCGUGUGCCAGACGAUCAACAAUUGCUAUCAAGGAGGUCAAAGUUGGACUUAGACGUCUGUCUCAUGAGCACGCGCUUGGAAGGCUUAAAGCAGCACGCCGGUGAUAAAUUAAAUAGUUGUAUAUUUAUGAAAGGGCGUUUGCUUUUUACCAAGAGAGAAACAAAAAAGAAUAAGUUAUUGUAAUAUAUUUACCAUAAAAAUUGUAAAUGUUUACCUGAUUUGUUUUCGGUUCUGUUUCUCGAAUUCUAACGCGCAAGACAAUGUUAUGAUUAUAUAAGUUUUGAGCUGUCUCAUAAUAUAAGCUGUCAUAUUUUACUGACAUCUUGCACGAAGGUUAACUAUAUUGCAUGUUAUG